AGUGUGAGCCACGAGGGGUGAGGUUGACUGCCGCAGGAGGACAAACCAGUUUCCGUCUGGAGGGUGUGGACCUUCCAGCCCUACCCACCUGUCAGACUUGUCUCUGCAUCAAACACUCAGCAGCACUCCAUCACGCGUCACCUCACCUGCUUCUCCUCCACUCGCCGAGAUUCUUCCCAAAAGAGAAGAUGUCCACAAGCCAGGCGGAGAACACGCAGUCAGAUGGGAAAUCCUUUGAGCAGCUGAGACAUGAAUGUCUCAUGAAGGGAGUCCUGUUUGAGGAUCCAGAUUUCCCUGCCAAGGACUCCUCUCUCUUCUUCAGCGAGAAAGUUCCUGUCCACAUUGAAUGGAAGAGGCCCACGGAGAUAUGCAAAAACCCAAAGUUCAUCUUAGAUGGCGCAGACAGAACAGACAUUUGCCAAGGACAGCUCGGGGACUGCUGGCUCCUGGCAGCCGUUGCUUCGUUGACUAUGAAAAAAGAAGCCCUGGCCCGAGUUGUCCCACCUGACCAGGAAUUUAAUCAGAGAUAUGCUGGUAUCUUUCACUUCCAGUUCUGGAACCACAACAAAUGGCUCGAUGUGGUUGUGGACGACAGACUGCCAACAGUGAGAAAUCAACUCAUCAUGCUCCACUCGGCCUCCAGCAAUGAGUUCUGGAGUGCGCUGCUGGAGAAAGCCUACGCCAAAUUGAACGGCAGCUAUGAAUCCCUGAAGGGUGGCAGCACAAUGGAGGCCAUGGAGGAUUUUACUGGUGGCGUGGGUGAAAUGUAUGAGACCAAGGCUGCUCCAGGAGACCUGUUCAAUAUCAUGAAGAAAGCUCUGGACCGAGGCUCAAUGAUGGGAUGCUCUAUUGAUAUCACUAGCUCUGCAGAGUCAGAGGCCAAGACUUCCACAGGCCUGGUGAAAGGACAUGCAUACUCCAUCACAGGUGUAGAAGAGGUGAAUGCCAGAGGUCAGAAGGUGAAGUUGGUCCGGAUUAGAAACCCCUGGGGACAGGUUGAGUGGAACGGUGCCUGGAGUGAUAAUUCCAGAGAGUGGAAUUACAUCGACAGUGCAGAAAAAAAUCGGAUAAUGCAGAAUUCAGCAGAUGAUGGUGAAUUCUGGAUGGAAUUUGAGGACUUCAAGAGGAACUAUGACAAAGUGGAGAUUUGCAACAUGAGUCCUGACUCCCUGACUGAGGACACAAAACAUCAGUGGGCAGUCAAUGUGUUUGAGGGAAACUGGAUUCGGGGUUCCACUGCUGGAGGCUGCAGGAACUACAUUGACACAUUUUGGACCAACCCUCAGUUCAAGCUUUUGCUGAGCGAUGCUGAUGGUGAUAAUACUUGCAGUGUGGUCAUCGCGCUGAUGCAAAAGAACAGACGAAAACUGCGAAAAGAAGGCCUGGACCUGGAGACCAUUGGCUUUGCUGUGUAUGAGGCUCCAGAGGGCGAGGACCAUGUGGGGAAAGACUUCUUCCGUUACAAUGGAUCCAAGGCACGCAGCAGAACCUACAUCAACAUGCGGGAGGUGGCAGAACGCUUCUCGCUGCCUCCUGGAAACUACCUGCUGGUUCCCACCACUUUCCAGCCCCACCACGAGGCUGACUUUCUUAUUCGUGUCUUCUCUGAGACAAAGGCUGAAGCUUUAGAGAUGGGAAGCAAAGUUGAUGCCGACCUGCCAGACCCACCCAUGCCCAGCCCUCCAGAGGAGGAGACAAAGGAGGAGAAAGGCCUCAGAAGGCUGUUUGAACAGCUGGCUGGCUCGGAUCAGGCCAUUUCUGUCAGAGAGCUUCAGGAGAUGCUGAAUGGUGUUCUCAGCAGAAGAAAAGAGAUCAAAUUUGAUGGCCUGAGUCUCAGCACCUGUCACAGUAUCAUCAAUCUUAUGGAUGUGGACAACACGGGAAAGAUAGAGUUCCAAGAGUUUAAGGUCUUCUGGGAAAAAUUGAAGAAGUGGAUUAUGCUCUUUCUAUCCUUUGACACGGACCGGUCAGGAAAGAUGUCAUCUUAUGAGCUUCGUGGCGCUCUCAAAGCCGCAGGCAUGCAACUGAACAACCCGCUCCUGCAGCUGGUGGGGCUGAGGUUUGCUGACGAGAACUACGAAAUUGACUUUGAUGACUACCUCACCUGCAUUGUCCGUCUGGAGAACAUGUUCAGAGUUUUCCAGGCUCUGGACAAAUUCAACAGGGGACGAGUGCAAAUGAACAUCAUGCAGUUCCUGAUGUUGUCGAUGAACGUAUGAGGAGGAACUGAAACGGAUACCAGCGGAGGAACAAAACGCAGCAGAUCAUCUUUAAGAGCAAUGUUGUGAAUAUUAAACUUCGCCAUGAUUCAGAUUCUGUGCUAUUAUUAUUAUUUGAAAUGUAAUGUGAAAACACUGUCUGAGCUCAAAUGUUUUUGAAUGGGAGUGGUUUAUAAUUUUGGUCAUGGGUCCACCUUAGGUAUUCACUGCCUCUGACAUGGUACGAGUCUGUGAGCUCAAAUGUAGGACUUUAACAGCUGGGUCUGUAAAGCAGCCAAGUGCACGAGAGUGUUUGCCUGGCAAGUCUGCAUCAAUCUCACACUCGUCCAGUCGAAUUCUGCUUGUGCAAAUCAGUCUGACUUUUAGUAGUUUUGAGAAAACUAAAAAAUUAAAGGAGCAACUGACCCUCUUACACUCACUUUCAAGGCAAUCACGUGAAGUUGUCUUGACUAACAACUUCACUGUGGCAGCAACAUGAGUGCCUUUAUACAUGCGUCCUGUUUUUGUUUACAUAAAAAAACUCAAAUUAACUGUCAAUUCCCUUUUGCUGUGACACCGAAGAAAUCUUAAAAAUUUGAGGAUUUUUUUAAGGCCCUUUUUCUGUUAGCUGAUUGCAUCUUAUCUUAAUUAUGAUAAAAAGUGAAAAAGGCUAACUGCAGCUGUUAAUGAAUGAACCUGUCUGUGCCUAACCUUGAAAAUUAGCUGUUACAGGAAGGCCAUCACUGGGUUCCACCCCUGAAAAAAUGUAAUGAAUCGGAUCGGUUCACAUCAGCAGAAUGUAAUUUGCACAUGAAUGACUUCACGGAUAGCAAAAGCAGAAACUUGCAUUUGCAGCAUGCUUUGUCAUAGUGCUUGAACUAAAUUUUGUUGACUUAAGCUUUUGGACAAAGUAUUGGUUUAUUUUCUGUUGGUUUAUUGCUUCCUGCUUGAGUGGGAAUCAUUUUAAAAUAAAACUUGGUUUUUGUGUUUUCUC